UGUAAUGUUACUGAACACGUUGUCAGCCAUCUGUCUGAUAAGCUCAUUUUAUAUUAUUUUAUUAAAACCAGCAACUUUAACUCUUAAAAAGAGGUGUGCAGUAGAUGGUUUUACAUCCUUAUGCUCAAUUAAAGAAAGACUUUAGUGAAGAAAUCUAACGUUACUUUGAAAUAGUGAACUCCUUAGCUCAGCCUUCAUGAAUCGCAGUUUGGUGGGCUACUAUGUCUGAUUAAAAGUGUUAAGAUAAAAACAUUUCAGAAAUGGCUUCAUUUAAACCUACAAAAAUCCAAGUGUAUCCUAAACUUGGAGAGAAAGUCACACAAGACACGCUGUAUUGGAAAAACUAUAAGGCUCCGGUCCAAAUAAAAGAAUUUGGAGCGAUCACAAACAUAGACUUCUCUCCUGUGGCCCCUCAUAAUUAUUCUGUGACGGCAUUCACAAGAAUCCACAUUUAUGGGCCUUUCUCCCAAGAGCCUGUGAAGACAUUUACUCGGUUUAAGGACAGUGCUUACUGUGGGAGGUUCAGGUCUGAUGGUCAACUGCUCGUGGCAGGAUGUGAGGACUCUGUGGUCAGGCUGUUUGAUGUCAGUGGCAAGGUGGCACUCAGGCUCUUCAAAGGGCACACAAAGGCUGUACAUGUAACAGACUUCAUCUCAGACCGUUACCAGGUCCUCACAGGGUCAGACGACUACACCUGUCGACUUUGGGACAUUCCAAAUGCAACGGAGCUCACAACCUACCAAGAACACACAGAUUACAUCCGCUGUGGUGUCACAAGCAAACUCAACAGCGAUCUCUUUGUUACUGGAUCAUAUGAUCAUACAGUGAAACUGUUUGAUGCCAGAGUGGAUAAGAGUGUGAUAACCAUGGACCAUGGCCACCCAGUGGAGAGUGUUCUUCUAUAUCCUUCUGAGGGACUUCUGGUCUCUGCAGGCGGGCGCUAUGUGAAAGUGUGGGAUCUGCUCAAAGGAGGCCAGGCUCUGGUGUCUCUAAAGAACCAUCACAAAACUGUCACCUGUUUGUGUCUGAGCAGCAACGGACAGAGACUGCUGUCAGCGUCUUUGGACAGGCAUGUGAAGGUGUACAACACAACCAACUAUAAAGUGGUCCACAACUUUGACUACCCUGCCUCCAUCCUCAGUCUGGCUUUAGCUCCGGAUGAUGAGUCCAUCGUAGUGGGUAUGACCAACAGUAUUCUGAGUAUAAAACAUAGAAAAAGCUCUGAAGAGUCAAAGGAAAUAUCUAGCAAGCAGAGACGACGGCCAUCAUACCGUGUUUUUGUGAAGGGGAAGAACUACAUGCCUAAACAGGAUGACUACCUCGUCAGUAAGCCAGUGAAACAGCAUUUGACAAAAUACGACAAGCAGCUCAAGAAAUUUAAUGUAUCCAAGGCCUUAGAUACAGCUCUGGAGACAUGGACGAGAAUGAGAAAGCCAGAGAUUACAGUUGCUGUUAUGAAGGAGCUGGAACGAAGAGGAACACUGAAAAACGCUCUGGCUGGAAGGGAUGAACAGGGGCUUUCUCAUUUGCUCAACUUCCUUAUAGGGAACUUGGCUGACCCCAGGUUUGCUCCUGUCCUUGUAACAGCAACUGAGGCGAUCCUGGACAUCUAUCAGUCAGUAAUCGGACAGUCUGCAGUUGUGGACCGACAGCUGUUGCGUCUGCAGGAGCUUCUGGAGAAAGAGGCUGACUACCAGCAGGACCUCCUGGAGGUGCUGGGCAUGUUGGACACAAUCUUUGCCUCCUCUCUCCCUAGAAAGGAGGUGCCGUGCUCUGGCGUCAGCAGGUCUAAUGGCCUGGCCCAGGGAGAAGCGAGUGCCUCAGGACCACAGCUUCAGGCCACCUGAGGCAUGUAAUGCGGAAGACUGCUUUAGACUGGGUUGGAGUAUGCUUACAACUCUAAAACCUCCUUUUGAAACAUAAGACAUUUCCUAACAUGACAGGCCAUGUCAUAGACUUUACCAGACAAACAUUUUGAUACAGGUUUUAAGAGAUUGACAAACUCAUGGUCUCACUUUGGUGUUUUAACUCAGCAUGACUGACAAUACAACAGGUAACAAAGAACAUACAUUUUCUGUAAGAAGACUCUUUAAAUGUGUGAAUGUAAAGCAAGGUGAUUCUUUUAUUGGAAGUCUUGAAAUUACAUUUUCAGUUGUAAUUGUAAUAUGUGUGUGUGCACAUGCGCACUUGUGUGUUUGAAUAGUUUUACUAUAAAUGUUUGUGUUUUCAUAAUAUUUGGCAUUGACAAAUGUUUUAUAAGCAGAUAAAAUUUAAUAUUUUA